AUGAACGGUUGUGUGAAAGCUGGGCUCAGAGGCGCGUUGAUUGUGUUGGAGGGCUGUGAUCGCAGCGGCAAGUCGACCCAGUGCUCCAAGUUGGUGGAGAGGUUGGUCCAGGAGGGACGACAGGUCCUCUUGAUGAGAUUUCCAGAUCGCACAACACCCAUUGGGCAGAUGAUUGACAGCUACUUGCAGCAGACGGUGGAGUUGGAUGACCAUGUCGUACAUUUACUGUUUUCCUCCAACCGAUGGGAAGCCAUGAGAAAAAUGACAGAACUGUUGCAGUCUGGGACAACAAUUAUUGUUGAUCGUUACGCAUAUUCUGGUGUUGCUUAUUCUGCUGCUAAGGGUCUUUCUGUCGACUGGUGCCGGCAGCCCGAUGUCGGUCUACUGAAGCCUGAUAAAGUGCUGUAUAUAACGGUCAGCCCUGAGAAGGCAGCAGAGAGAGGCCAGUUUGGGACUGAGCGAUAUGAGAAGCUGGACUUCCAACAGAAGGUCAAUAACAUGUUUCUGUAUCUGAAGGACCCCUCCUAUUGGCAGACUGUCAGUGGGGAAGGAUCUAUUGAUGUUGUCCAUGCGGAAAUUUACAAACUAGCAACUCAGACAAUCAAGGAAUCAGAACAUUUACCUUUGUUGAAACUUUGGACAAAAGACUGA